UAAAUUCCAUGACCAAUUUUACGAUUCUAAUGGUUUAUUAUUUUUUUUUAAUUUUUUUUGAUUCGAAGGAUUAUUCUGCUCUUCAAAUGAUCGGAUUAUUGUUUAUGAAUAAUGAUGGCAAACAAAUCUAUUUGAAUUUUUUGAUAGUGGUGAUUCUCUUCAUGACGAUCGUUGUAUUGGCUGAUGAUAAAUCAAUUAUUGUGCGUGGUAAUAAUGCAACCGAAUGGCAUUCUAUACGAUAUCCAUACAAAUCUGUCUAUGGUCUAUCCAAAAGAUUAAAAUGUGAUGGAUCGAUUCAUGAACGAUUUCAUGAAUGUGAACGAUCAGCACACCAUGCAUGGAUAAUCACCAUUAAUGAUUAUUUUUAUGAAUCAAAAAAGUUUUGCUGUUUCAUCUGGCAAACACUUGAUUGUGAAAUUGACGUUUCUGGUGAAUGUGAUAAAGAAUAUUCUAAGAAACUCGAAACCAGCACCGAACAAUCAUACAAAUCAAUGUGUGAUCGAGUUGGUUCAGCUCGGGGGUCAACAUCAUGUUGGUUGACACAAGAUAGACAAGAAACAAUUGCUUGGAUAGUCGGAAUCAUAAUUUUCAUCUUAACGUUGGUCUGUGCAUGCUUGGGAAUUCGAAGUUAUCUUAAUAAGAUUAAUGCUGCAAAACCUAAAUUAGAAAUUAGCGAACCAUUUGAUUAUAGAAAGGAAACGCAUUUAUUUGUUGAAAAAAAUUAUAUGGCAGUUGUUGCAGAUAAGAAAGCAAGAGCACAGAAACAUGUCCCGUCGCCUCCAAAACCACCACGAAUAAACAAAUCAUUUUUACAUCCCGAUGGGGUUGGCCCAGUAACUGAUUCAGCAAGUGUUCCAAAGAAUAUUUCUUCAUCUACAUCAAGAACACCGAUGGCAAUAAUGGCCCCACAAGCAACAACAACGACAACUAGAAAAACUCCCAUUCCAGCGCCUAGAUUAUCAAAAAUGAAAUUCGGAGGAACACCUAAUUUGUUUAACCAAUCAAUUUUACAUCCCGAUGGGGCUGGCCCAAUAACUGAUUCAGCAAGUGUUCCACAGAAUAUCUCUUCAUCUACAUCAAGAACACCGUUGGCAAUAAUGGCCCCACAAGCAACAACAACGACAACUAGAAAAACUCCCAUUCCAGCGCCUAGAUUAUCAAAAAUGAAAUUCGGAGGAACACCUAAUUUGUUUAACCAAUCAAUUUUACAUUCCGAUCCAAUAACUGAUUCAGCAAGUGUUCCACAUCCGAUCAGGGGCAAUAAUGGCCCCACAAGCAACAACAACGACAACUAG